AUGGACAAGCUCAAAACCAUGAUGCAAACCGGGGACAAAGAAGACGCCGAGAACUCGACGGGACCGACUGGUCGAUUGACAGGACAGGGCUCUCAUUUUCCCAAGAGCGAGGAACAACCUGUGGGUGCCGCAACAACCCCUCAGGGAAAUGUCAUCACAGGAGACACCCUAGGUGCACAGAAGACUCAUGCAGUAACUCCGGCGACUGGCUUGGUAGCCCCGAGUUCUGGUAUUGCUGCCAUUGGCGAGACCUCAACCUAUAGCUCCCAUACACUGCGUACAGGCGAUCCCGUUCCAAAUAUUGUUGACUCCAGAUCUGAAGACCCUACCACGUAUCGGGCACCGGAACACUCGUACGUGUCAAGCAAGGGCGUACCAGAGGGUGGUCCUUUGGCAGCCGCAGCCCUCGCAUUCCACAAGGACAAAGACUAUAGCACUUCUCACAUCCCAGGUGCAUUUCCCAAAGACACAACAGCCCAUGAUGCUACCACAAUUGCUCCUCCCCAUUUGACGUCGACAACAUCACCAGCCGAGCGAUCAGCGGUUUAUAGUGAAGCUGAGAAGACCAAAGUACCCGACGCAGCGGCAGCAGCUCAGUAUGCAACGAGAGCAGCCCCAGGAACUCAAGACCCAGUUUCGGAAGAGCCCCGACGAUCUGGGACAAUUGGUAAAAUCCUCGGUGCGGUGGGCCUGGGCACUGCGGCUGGUGGCGCUGUGGCCGCUACUUCGCGGGCAGAGGAGAAUCAACCGCACGCUAUCGCGGACACUCAUGAUCAGCCAACCACCACCACUGGUGUCGACUCAUACACUUCACCGAGUCGCUCGGGUGCUCCCCCAUCCCAUCAUAGGAAAGAGAGUAUUCCCACUACUGCUUACCCAGCAGGCGUUGACUCUCCUGCGCCGAUCAACGCUCCAGUCGGCGGUACAUCAUAUCUGACCGACCAGGACGAAAAAGAUCAUGCAGGCCGUAAUGCAGGGCUGGCCGCUGGGGCUGCGGGUGUUGGGGCUGGUGCAGCGGCAGCCGGCGUUUAUGCCAUGAAAGAUCGAGAGAAAGAUACAACAGGGUCCGACUUGCCUCUCCGUGAGAACAGUACUGCUGCAGCCCCAGCCGCGGCGGCCGUUCCGGCUUCAGAGAGCGCCGCCAGGACCACGCCUUCCAGCCAAACUGCAAAACAGCCAUCUGUUGCGCACGAAGCUACACCCGCUGCGGCUGGCGCGUCCAUUGUGCCUAACUAUAGUCAACACCAAGAUAAACUAGAGGCCCAGGCUCAGAAACACAAAGCGCAACAAGAGGCUACCCGUGCUGGGGCCGCAAGUAUCGGUGGUGGAGCAUCUGUUGCCCCUGAAUACACUGAACAGCAGAAUAGAGUCUCGGAGGAAACGGACCGGCAGCGACGCAACAGAGAGAAAGAAGCUGCGCUUGCUGGAGUUGCAGGUGCUGGAGUCGGAGCAACUGGGUUACACGAAUAUAACCAGCGGCAGGAUACAACGGAGAGAGAUGCUCAGAGACAAAAGGACUUAGCGGAACAAGAGGCUGCCCGUCAGAAGCAAUUCGAAAAGGACCAGAAGGCCGCUGAAAAGCUAGCCAAGAAAGAGGAGAAGCAACACCAAAAGGAGCUCAAGAAAGAGGAAAAGCAACACCAGAAGGAGCUGGAAAGGGAAGAGAAGCAACACCAGAAAGAGCUCGAAAAAGAAGAGAAAGCUCGGGACAAGGUGGCAGAGAAGGAAGAAAAACAGCAUCGUGACGAACUUGAGCGCGAGCAGAAGGACCGUGAAAAAGCUGCGGCCACCGCCGCUGCUGGUGCAGGUGUUGGUGCAGCAGCUGGCGCCGGUGCAUAUGAAGUGCACGAAAAGGAUAAACAUCCGCCUCCCACAACGGCGACCGAUGACGCCGGUCGUACGAAGCUGCAUAAGGAGCCAGAGGAGAAGAAGCCGGGUCUCUUGAAACGAAUUUUCAAGCGCCGCAAGAACAAGGACACUGGUGAAGAGGAGGAGUACGAGGACCAUGAGCAUGAGCCCGAGCCCGAGCAUGGCGACCAUCAUCUUGCCGCAGCUGGAGUCGCUGGAGGCACCGGUGCAGCUGUGGCUGGCACUGCCGCUGCCGCCUCUCACGAGCCACCGGCAACCUCAUACGAGGCACAGAGCGGCGGCCUUCAGAAACCAUCGUACAAUCCCUUCUCCAAGGACGAUCCAGCACACGAGCACGCAACGGCGUCCAACAGCGGCGCCGCUCAGCCCAGGAAGAGCAGCGUAGGCCCUGACGCGAUCGACCCUGCUACAACCCAUGUGCCCUACGACCCGGUCCACGACCCUUCCAGCCGGAAAUCCGUCUCGGAACAAGGUGGGCGGAUUGACCAGAUCGGCGGACUGACGGCGCAUCAUCAAUACGCUGAGGGCGAACAGAAACCCGGACUGGCACAUCGGAUCAUCGAUGCAUUGAAGCCGUUGCCCGACAGGGAGGAGCUGCAACACCAUGCGGAACAGUAUCAUCACAACGGCACCAGCCAUCAGCCUGGGACAGCGCAAUAG